AUGGCGAGUACUACAGCUGAGCAGGUGGCGCGGAUGCAGGAGCAGGCGCGGUUUGUGGGCGUGGCGGCGGGGAACGCCGGCGUCGGGUUCGACGAGGGGCGGUGGCUGAGCAGGGUGAGGGAGAGCAUGGCGGAGCGGGCGGCGGAGGAGCUGGGCGCGGCGGUGGUGAGGGUGUUCGACGUGCCCAAGGUGCUGAGGUCGACGAGGCCCGAGGCGUACGCGCCGCACCACUUCGCGCUGGGGCCGUACCACUGCCGCCGCCCCGAGCUGAGGGACAUGGAGCGCUACAAGCUCGCCGCCGCCAAGCGCGCCGAGAAGCUCUUCGCCGCCGGCAAGAAGUUCGACGACCUCGUCCAGCGGUUCUACGACAUCCACGAGAGGAUCCUCGCGCCCUACCACAGGUUAGUGGAGCUGAACGAGCAUACGCUGGCAUGGAUGAUGGCCAUCGACACGUGCUUCCUCCUCGACUUCCUCGAGGGCUACCACCGCGACGAGGCCACCGACAUGGUCUCGUCGGCGACGAACUGGAUCAACGCCGUCGUGCGCGACGCCAUGAUGCUGGAGAACCAGAUCCCGCUCUUCCUCUUCGCCUGCGCCCUCGAGCUCCGCCACGACGCCGAGCAGGCCGCCGCCGACGCCCUCCGCGGGGUGCUCGGCCGCUUCAUCACCGAGGUGUCCCCCAUCAAGACCACCGCCAACGCCGCCAUGGCCGUCGCCGGCGACCUGUCCAGGCACGCCCACCUGCUCGAGCUGCUCUACCACUUCCUCGUCCCGACCGACGCCGUCGCGGAGGCCGCCGGGAACGAGCCGCCACCGCUCGUCCCCGAGGACUUCUCCGCCGUCGACGUGUUCGACCAGAUGCAGCAGGAGCUUCCCGACUACGACAAGGUGAAGCAGGCGUGCGUGCAGGUGUCGAGCCUCAACGUGGCGCCGGUGCGGUUCAUCAAGAAGAACCUCAUCUCCCGGCCGAUGAGCUUGAUGACGAGCCUCCCGGGGACGGCGGGGAAGCUCGUGAACAAGGUGCCGCUGCUGUCGGCGGUGGCGCCGCUGGUCGGGAAGCUGUGGUCGUCGCAGGACGUGGAGGCGCGGCUCAAGGGAGUGAACCUGGGCACCAUCAUCAACUCGCCGCUGGCGCAGGAGCUGAUGAUCCCGUCGGUGGCGCAGCUCGCCGCCUGCGGGGUGCGUUUCGCGCCGGCGGUGGAGGGCAUCGCGGGGAUCGCGUUCGACGCCGCGACGGCGACGCUGAGCCUGCCGGUCAUCACCCUGGACGGCAACACGGAGGUGAUCCUCCGCAACCUGGUGGCCUACGAGGCCGUGGCCGUGCGCGGGCCGCUGGUGCUGGCGCGCUACACCGAGCUGAUGAACGGCAUCAUCGACACGGCGAAGGACGUGAAGAUCCUGCGGCAGAGCGGGGUGGUGGUGAACCGGAUGAAGAGCGACGGCGAGGCGGCGGAGAUGUGGAACGGGAUGUGCCGCGCGACGCGGCUGAGCAGGGUGCCGCGGCUGGACGGGGCGAUCCGGGCGGUGAACGAGCACCGGAGCAGGCGGGCGACGGUGAGGCUGAGGAAGAUGCUGAAGCGGUACGUGUUCCGGUCGUGGCGGGUGCUGACGCUGCUCGCCGCCGUCGUGCUGCUGCUCAUGACGGCGCUGCAGACCUUCUGCUCCGUGUACCAGUGCAACCGCUGGUUCGGCAACAUGCUGCAGAUGCCACAGCCGGGAGCCAAAGGGCCCUAGCUAGCUAGGUUUUGACAAGCCGUCCCAUUGAUAUCUGU